AUGGCAGCAGCACCCUUGGAGGAGGAGGAGGAACCGGCAGAAGUGGACUCGUCGGAGGCAGUGGCAGAGCCAGAGCCAGAAGAAGAGGAGUCGGCAGUCUUGGAGUGGUUGACAGAAGACGAGGACUCGGUAGCAGCGGAGCAGACGAACUUGUCACCUUGGAUACCGCCCUUCUUGGACAAGGACUCGAACUCGUCACAGUCCACCUUACCGGUGGUCUCGAGGUCGAAGCCACCUCUAACGGUGGACAGGGAUGGCAAGGUAGCGUUGUCGAAGUCACCCUUCAAGAUAACGGCACCACCGAUGGACUUGAGCUCGUCGAAGCCGUCAAUGCCGGCCAACUUGGAGUUGUUGACAACCACGAAACCACCACCAAGAGAAGUCAAGCUGGAGAAGUCGACAGAGGUCAACUCGUCGUUGUUCUCGAUGGAAAGGUCACCACCAAUCUUGGUCACACCAGAAAAGUCCAGGUCCUCAACGUUGGACUCGAAAAUACCAAUAGAGGAGUUGACGGUGGUGAUGUUUGGCAAGUUGAUCGAUGAAACAGAACUGGAUCUCGGAGUUGAUGGAACCCAAGUUCUUGUUGUUGUUGACGUUGAAGCUCUCAACAACCAAUGGGUUCAAACCGUCCAAGGACUCCAAUUGGGUGUCAGAAAUGUAGAUACUUUGACAGUCGGUAACACCGUGCAAACCAGAGGAGGUCAAGGCUGGGAGAGUGACCCAGUUGAUGGCUCCAACAGAGUCAAGAGAUCCAAGAGAAAGAGUGUCCAAGAUGGUGAGCUGGGAGAGCUCCAAUUGUUUGGUAAUGGUAGUAAGGGAGUCUGCGGCAAAGGAGGUCAACGAGGAGGCGUUGAAGACGGUCAAAGAACCGUAGAUGGCCUUGACGUUGGCGAUGGAGGCAGUAGCCAGGUCACCGGUGAUGAGAAUGUCACCCUCGAUAGCAGAACAGGAGGAAAGAUCAUCCAAGUCGGAUUGCACGGUGGCAGUGAGGGUCUUGGAGAACGAACAUCCCGAAGCGACAGAAAUGGAGGUUGUCGAAGUGAGUGUAGAGUCUGGGGUGUUAGUAUUGCAUGGAAAAGUCGUGGACUCGGGUGA